UCGCAUAAGUGACGAUUGUCCCYUGCGGUUGUCGUCGAUGAGCACGGUCGUCUACGAGUUGGCGGCAAGGGAGACGACAUCGAUACGUGAGCGUUGGAAAAGGCAGACGACCAUCGUCACUGCGUGGCUCCCAAGAUAUUGCACAGCCACCGACGYUGUGAUCUUCCACGGGGCGGUGUUUGUGGAGUCCAGUGGUUUGAUUGACGUGAUGUCAUCGGAAGCGGCGUCUGGGAUGGACGUUGACGGCGGGGCAGGGYGCGGCGGUUUGACGAYGGCGGAGGGGACGRCUAUUGAUGCGGCAGGUAAUGCCGUCCUCUUCCGCUGCCAGAUGRCGAGCAAUGACGYGAACUUCAAAGCGGCUGUUCGUGCACGGCGCAAGCUGUUGGCGCUUCCGACGACAGGCCAGUGCUUGGAUGUGGCUGCCAUUUCCGACGCGGUGUUGGAGGUCUGCUACGCGAUGGGGUGCGGGGGGUUUCCACAGGCGACUCCACGGUGGUGGGUGAAGCGGCGAACGGUGUCGGAAGACAAUGCGGCGCAGCAGCAGAAAUCGACUUGUUGCAGUCAACCUCCACGCUGUGUCAAAACUGCGCUUAGGGACGUCCACAGUCAUAGUCAAGCUGGGUCCUAACGCAUCGGUUAGACUUCCCCCUGGGCCGAAAUAAGGGGAAAGACGGCGCGGCGGUACGGUCCGCCGGAGACCUAAUCGUCCCCGUUG